AUGUUUGUCCCAGCUCAUGUGAUCCGUUCUUCAGGAUGUGGAGGGCGAAGGGAUAGGUAUGGAUUCGGAGUUGUAGAGGGGUCAAAUUUGACGACAAAAGCAACGAAAUCCACGAAAAGGCUGCAGUCUCAGCUGGCAAGGCUCCAUCUUGACCCACAAUGGCUGCUUGUCUGGCAUGAAGCUGUUCAACAAUUUGGUCUCUCCCACAUCGUGCAGCCUUGUGCAUCCAUGUUCCUCCAUGCCACCCCAUCGCCUACCAACUACGGCAUAUACCCCUAUCACCCUUGCCAUUGGCAUUCUCUUCGCAUCCUCUUCGCCCCUAACCCCACCCUCAAACGUUCAAUGCCCAUCCCCGCCAAAUCUCUCCAACAAACUACAAAGCUCUCAGUCGACCACAGCACGGUUAAUGGAAGACACAUGUAUCUCAAUGGAGUUCACUCCACUGCCAACGCCAACCUGCCCAGCCAGUUCGACGCCCAAGCCAUGGAUGCUUGCAGCGUCAACGUCGUUUACAAUGGCAUGACGACCUACAAGAUUGGUGAAAGCUUGAGAAAGAUGAAUGAAAAGAUAGCUGAUACCUAUGUCAGCUGCUCCAACACCAUCUGUAUUGCCGUCUUUGUUGCUCUUGUCAGACAUGUUGUCCUCGUCAUCGCCGCCAUCCCAGGCAUCAUUGAGAAAUCAAGUACCAUCGGUGCAGUUGCCGUUGCCCUUAUUGUUAUGGGCUUGGGAACGGGUUUGUUCAAGGCCAAUUACUUUUACAUGUUUAUCAAUGUCAGCGCCAACGGCAGCCAUAAAAAUCAGAGAAACAGCCACAUCUAA